AUGGAGAUAGAGAAACUGGAACUGGAAAAUGAAGAUAAAAAGCAAAUGCACGCCUUGUUCGAAAGCCAAUGUCAUAAUAAAUUACAGGCACCGCUGGAUUCUGUAAACAGACAGAAGAGAGAAGUUGAAGAACAUUCAAGAGCCAAAGAACGUGAGUUGAACACUUUAAAGCAAAAGGAAAUUGAUUACGAAAAUCAAAUAAGUACUAACCAGAAUGAGAUCACUAUCAGUGAACUGGCACGGAAGAAUUUGGAGCUAGAAGACGACUUAGGUAAGUUGAAGAGAGAAUUAACAGCGAGAACAAAAGACUGCUCUUCACUCCAACGUAAGCUUAAUAAGGAAGGGAUAGAUGCUUCAGGAAAAAUAAUUGCCUUCAAAGCCGAAGUUGACAAUCUGCAAAAGGACUUGCUUUCCUUGCAGAAAACAAAAGAAGAAUUGGAGCUCAACUGUGAAAAACUCGGAGAAGAACGUGAAAAACUCAUAAAAGAACAUGCACAAACCCUCAAAAUUUUUUACGAUGAAAAUAAUGAAUUAGCCAAUCAAGUAAUGGAUCUUCAGAGAACAUUGAAAGAACAGGAAGAUGCACAUCAGAAGUUGAAUGAAGAAUAUAAACAAGUUGACAGUAGGUUUAAUGAAUGCAAGGUCAAACUUGAAGAAAAGGCAGAAGAGCUUCGUGAAAGCAUUGCAUCAAAAGAUCAGAUGGUAGAUUGUUUGGAACAUCAAGUUGAAGACCUUAAAAGAGACCUGGAAGACAAAGGGAAUGAGACCAGAACUUCGCUUAAGAAUGUCAGGAAUCAUGAGGAAAAGCUUCGCCUGUCAAACCAAAAGCUCCGGGUCACUGAACAAUUGCUAAGUGAAAAGGAAGAAAGCUUUAGAAAGGCGAAAGAAGAGCUUCAGCAAGUUCAGAGAGAACUUGAAGAUAGGAAUGCUACUCUGGUAGCAAAAAUCAUUGCUAACAAUAAAGCUUUUCAUGAAACAAUCACAGAUAUUAAAGUGUGUGUCGACAGUGUGAAUAUUGGGAUAGAUACUGUGAGCAACAAAUGUUCCAAUGACUGCAAUAAUUAUGAGAACUCCAUCGCAAACAUCUCUCGCGAGCUUCAGGAUGUAAAAGAAUAUGUCAGUGAGAUGAAUAGGGAAAAGGGGGAGUUACAGAAAGAUAAAAAGCUUUUGUUGGAGGAACUGCAGGGAAAAAAGGAAGAGGAAUUAACUCUGAGGGAGAAGGUCGAGAAGCUUGAGGCAAAGGCAAGAAAGGAGGAAUCGGAGAAGAUGAAUGUGGUGGCUGAUUUGGAACACCAAGUUGAAGACCUGAGGAAGUUGUUAAAAGAGAAAGAGGAAGGCAUGAGACAGGAACAGAUGGAGGCCAUUAGGAAGCUCAGUUUGCAGAUUGAUAAUCUCAAGGAAAACAAAUCAAAGUCUCGCGGCUGUGGUUUGUGGUAG